AUGGAUAUUACAGCAAUUGAGUCACAACUCAAAGAUAUUGACGCCUCUAUCGAUGUCAGCUCCUCACUUCUCAAGCUUCAGCAGCUUCUAGGAAACCAGGAAAACGUUAUCACCCUUUUAGACCAAACUCCAACAAGAAUCCAGCUCAAGUCAAUCUGCAAAAAGCUUCAAAAAACCUUACUCCAAUCCAGCAUUUACCAUCUAAUCCUCAGCUUAGACUCCAAAUCUAAGUCAGAUAUUCUGGAAUCCGGCAAAUGCAAAGCCUUACUGGACUUAGAAGGCAAUUUUAUAUGAUGGGACGAUAAAUGUGCAAAGCUCUUUAAAAUCGUUAAUUUAGAAGCAGCAAAUCUGUUUAGACUUAUGGAUAAACAGAGUUUAAAUAGCAUAUACAGCAAGCAUGGCAAAGCUUUGCUAAAGGGUGGGAAGCCGAUUGUUAUUAACUCCCCCUCCAUGAGCGAGCAAAACCAUUGAAAAUUCUAUUUUUCGCCAAAAACCUGAACAAAAUAAUUUUUUAAUAUAAAAAUUUUUUAUAUAGUAUAUAAGUAAUAAUUAUCAUAAUGAAAUCUCUAGUUAAUUCAGUUUAAUUUUUUAACAUCUUAAUUUUUAACAUCUUGCAUUUUAAAACUUAAAUUUUACAAAUUAAAUAUGUUUUAGCUUUUAAAUUACGAUUUUUUAAAUUUUGAAAAAAAAGCUUCUAUAAUUUAUAUUAUAUAUAUUAACAAAAAUUAACCCCUCGAUGGCGAACAAAUUUUUUGUUCGCUCAUGGAGGGGAGUAAGUAUCGGCUUAAUGAUGGAAUCACGCUUCUAACAAGCAGAUGUACAGUAAUAAUAAAAAGAGCUGCUUAUAAUAGAAAUGAGCCGACUGUUUUAAUUGAAACUAGGCUUGCUAAGAGAUGUUGUGUAAAAGACUUUAAACUUCCAUUUACACUGAGCUCAAGCCUUAUAACAAAUAGUCCCGCUUUUUGCUAUUAUUCAGAUUUGUGUGCAUUUUCUCCAUUUAAUCCUCAUCAGUUUGCACAACUUGAAAAAAUUUACCCUUCCAAUUAUAGCAACAAGAAGCAUUUAGAUGAGCUUGAGUUUAGCUUUGGGGACACUCCUAUGGAGAAGCUUAAGCUUUCUCCAUUUUUGGUUGCAGAUCCGCUAACGCUUUGCAAAAAAGCUGGAGGGCUACCUCAUGUAAAAGAUUUUAUACUUUAA